AACCAUAAAGCAGAUCGCAAAAGAAAGCUUUUUGGUGCCAAGCAAGACUGAAAGGGGAGUUGCUUAUUACACUGACAUGAAAAUAGGAGUUUGCACGUGCCCAAGAGGUCAAGAUGGGUCACCGUGUAGUCACCAAGCAGCAGUUGUGUUGCACUUUGGGUGCACAACAGUAAACUGCAUUCCUGCUCUCAACCCUGAAGACAAAUGGAAGUUGGCAUACAUUGCAUAUGGCAAGGAAUGUGUAGAAGAUUUGUCCUUCUAUACGCUAAUCAGUAAGCCAGUUGACACAACAAAGAAAUCAUGCGAGCCACCACCAUCACCAACACAGCAGCAGGAGAAGCAGCAGCAGCACUACAUUUCAACUGGCUGGUAUGCGCAAUCAGAAUAUCUACAGCCACAAUGGUGUGUAGAUGAUGACACAAAGCAGUGCAACAAAGAGCAUGAUUCUGAUACCACUGUCUCUCUAAAACAAGAAACACAGCAACAAGACCAACUCUGUCAGGUAGUUGACUUAAUAUCCGAAGAUAUUAAAAAGCAACUGAGGGCUGAUGUUAUGUUCUAGCAAAGCAUAGAAAAGUUUACUACAACAUACAAUAAACUAUCCACCAAAUCCACAAAUUCUCAUCUGAUUACAGCUUUCCAUAAAUUCGGUUGGUGCUUUGGGGGCAGUGUCACCCGAAAGAAUUACGGAGUUUUGCGGCGAGGUAGGAGGAUCCCUAUUCAAGCCAAAUCAGCUGGAAGAAGAAAAUCAAUACACAGAGGGAAAGCAGCAGCAGCUCCUGGACGAGCCCCUGCAGCUGUUACUAAAAAUCAAAAAGAGCCUGAAAAAGAUGACAGGUAUUUUAUACCAGUUCAACUAAAAAACAACUCAG